CAAACCAAAUAAUAUAAUAUAAAAUGACGGUGAUAAAAAUUCGGCCAACCACUGGCAGUAUGAAUGUGGAUACACCAACAACGCCCAAGGAUGAAAAUGAAGCGUUAUCAAAAGGAAGCUGUUGCCUGGGUAUGGGCAUUCGUCAUUUUGAAACCUUCCUUCUGUUCCUCGCCCUCUCUGUUGCCUAUUCGUUGCGUGUCAACUUAUCGAUGGCCAUUGUUGCUAUGACUGACAAAGAAUCCGCCAAUCCAGAUUUCGAGGAGUUCAGCUGGAAUGAAAAGACAAAAUCCCUUUUACUCAGCAGUUUCUUCUGGGGCUAUGUCAUAACACAGGUGCCGGGUGGAGCUUUAGCGCGCAAAUUUGGCGGUAAAACUACGCUGCUCUUUGGCGUUCUUAUCUGUUCCAUACUGGCUGUACUCACACCCAUUUGCGCGAGGAUUGGCGAUUGGCAGUUAGUAUGCGCACUUCGUGUUGCACAGGGUCUCUGUCAGGGCAUGGUCUUUCCAUCGACGCACACACUACUAUCGCAAUGGGCUCCCAUCGAGGACCGUGGUCACUUUACCACCUAUUGUUAUUCGGGCUCGCAAUUCGGUACGGUAGUUAUGAUAGCGACAAGCGGUGUGCUCGCUUCCUCAUCGAUGGGUUGGCCAAGCAUCUAUUACUUUUCGGGUGGCAUUGGCAUUGUAUGGGCGGUAAUUUGGUUCUUUUGGGGUGCCGGUUCCCCAGCGGAUUCUAAAUUGAUUUCGCCCGAAGAAAAGAAAUUCAUCGAACAAUCGAUUGGCAACAGCAGCAGCGAUGAUCAUAGUGUGCCGGCCAGUGUGCCAUGGUUGAAA